GUUCCGGGUAAAUGAACCGCGGGUAAAUUGUUCUGGGCGUUCUUUCUUUAGUGCAAUCUGGAAAUCUUUGCUGAUAUUUAAAGCCGUUCUGCUGUAAUGGCGUCUAAAAGAGGCGCUCUGAUUGUCCUGGAGGGGCUGGACAGAGCCGGGAAAACCACCCAGUGUCAGAGGCUGGUCCAGGCGCUGCAGCAGAGCGGCCGCCCCGCUGAGAUGAUCCGGUUUCCCGACAGGAGCACGGCGAUCGGACAGGUGAUCAGCGCUUACCUGGAGAAGAAGAGUGAGCUGGAGGACCACACCGUCCACCUGCUGUUCUCUGCCAACCGCUGGGAGCUGGUGCCUGUGAUGAAGAAGAAGCUGGAGCAGGGCGUCACUCUGGUUGUGGACCGGUACUCCUUCUCUGGCGUAGCUUUUACCAGCGCCAAGCUGGGCUUGUGUCAGGACUGGUGCAUGAAUCCGGAGCGGGGGCUGCCCAAGCCCGACCUCGUCAUGUUCCUGAAGAUGAACCCGGCGGAGGCGGCGGCCCGGGGUCAGUUUGGCUCAGAGAGGUACGAGACCAGCAGCUUCCAGAAGGCGGUUCAGGAGAAGUUUGAGCGGAUCAUGAAGGAUCCUUCAGUGAACUGGAAGGUAAUUGAUGCAUCACAGAAUAUUGAAGAAGUUCACAACGACAUCAAAGCGCACAGCCUGGACAUCAUCGAGCGGACGGAGAACACGCCCCUCGGGGAGCUGUGGAAGUGAGUCUGAGCAGGUGGAGGAAAAACGGA